AUGGCCAUCCUCGACCCAGCUCAGCUUUCUUCGGCUUCCGAAAUGCGCUCUCACCUCCAAUCCCUUCUCGAUGAAAAAGAGAAGCAACUUCAACAAGCUGGAACUCUUGGGCAGCGGGUACUUGCCCAGCAGAUGGAACUCGAAGAGCGCAUCCGCCAGUUACAGGAAAUCAUUGGCGACAGCGAGAGUGCAGAAGGAGGCUACGACUCAGGAGGAGAGGGAGCCAUUACUAAUGAAGAGGCGAGAGACAAGCUGAUGGAAUUGACUGAAACUUUGGUACAGUGGGAUCGGGAUAAUGCAGUUUUGUCCAAUGCGUUCGGCAAAUCGUCAGCGUCGCCGUCAUUGACCGCAGCGGAAUUACCUCGCGAAGAGUCCGUCGGAGAACGUUCUAAGGCAUCAACCAGUGCUGCAGCACAAAGUAGGCGAGCCAAGAAUGCAGCCCACCGUCAGGAUGAUGUUGAAUUCGCUUUUGAAAUUGGCAGUGGACUUCUCAACGAAGUCCGUCGGCUACAGAGUCUACUUGGUGAACGAGACAAAGCUAUACAAGACAUGAAAGAAGAAAGAGAUGAUUUGGAGGCCUCGGUGGAGAGCCUACGUACUGCUCUCAAACAGCAGGAACAAAGUGCAGACAAAUUCAAGGAAGAGAACUGGAACCUCGAAGUCACUCUCCAAGAUUUACGAACGCAACUCAAUAAUUCUCUUUCUCACACUGCCAAACUUGAGGGAGAUCUCAAGAAACUCACCAAGUCUCUCGCUACCACUCAGAAUGCUCACGAAACCGCCAAGUCAGAUCUCGCGUCCACUCAAGUUUCUCUAGAAGCCCUUCAAGCAAAACAUGAGACCGAUAGCGCACUUGCACGAAAACACGCCGCGGGUUUGCAACGCGAUAAAAGCGAAUUACAAGGGACUGUUGAUCGAUUAAAGAACGAGAUAGAAAGGGCUUCUCGAAGGCCUGGUAUUGGUGGUAGUAGGUUUGGAAAUGCAUCCGGGCAAAGUCCUACCGCCUUAGGUUACAAGCCUGACGGGACUCCGAACGAUUUUCUCACUCCAGGUGGUCCUGAUGGGGGUGAUCUUUUCAGUGGAUCCACCAACAACCGCAGAGGCAAGAUUGGUUUUGGAUAUAGCUUGGGAGACGAAUUCGAUCUGGACGUUGAUGCUGAUUCGCCAGACAACUCCCCGUUGCCUGGCGGAGCGUCCCCGUUCAUGGCGCCUAGUCACCCUACCAAUGAGAUUGAAGCUCUACAACAAAGGCUUGCACAUGCUCAAAGACAAAUAUCAACAUUGCAGAGUACGGUAAGAAGGGAAAAAAGAGAGAAGAUGGAUUUGAGGAAGAAGUUGGGUAUGUCGGAGGCGGAUGAGAAUGACGAGUGGGUGGACGGUGAUGGUGUUGAAGAAGAGGUUCAAGAUGAAGAUCAGACCUUUGCUAACGGUACUGCGGCCCAGAAGCAUGGGCGACAACAUUCUGGAACCCCAUACCGAACUGGUCACGGAGGUAGAGGCUUAAGGCGAAUGCGGCGUGGUGGGCUCACCCUCAACGAACGUCUGUCCCUGGCAUCUUCACAAGGGGACGAUGAUGACGAUGAGGAGGAGGAGCUCGAAAAAGAGGAUCAAGUACCGGACAUAACUCCAGCGUCGCCCUCGCCUGCAGCCUCCAACCGAAAUAGUGUUGCCAGCGUCACAAGCAUCGAGGGGAUGGACCCGGCGUUCGCAAAUAUUCUCAAACGGACUCCUUCGACAUCUUCUGUGGGCCAUGGUUCACCAAGUCCCCUUAGACAGUCCUUACUGAGACGUUCUACGCGUGGCGGACGAGGAAGGCCCAUGUCUGGUAGUGUCAGUGGGAGGAGGAGAGGCAUAGGAUUGAGCAUUAACGGAGGCAGACCGCCGAGCGUGGUAGAUAUCCCCGAGGAUCUGGGCCAAGCGCUUGGGGAUGUAAGCGUUGGAAAUGGUUCUGGGAAUGCCACGGCCAUGGGAAUUAUGGCGGAACUUGGAAUGGAAGAGCAGCAAAUCAUUGAGGUCGAGACAGAGGAGAUCGGAUGUCAGACCGAUGAGAUGGAACCACUCGUUCUGGAGAUUAUAAAGGAAGUCCCAGUUGAGGUUAUCAAGGAGGUCGAGGUUGUGAGAGAGAUACCUGUUGAGGUGGUCAGAGAAGUCAAAAUUCCUGUUGAAGUUCCUGUCAUCCAGGAGGUCAUUAAAGAGGUCCCCGUAGAAGUCGUGAAGGAGAUAGAGGUCGUGAGGGAGGUGAAGGUUCCCGUGGAAGUCAUUAGGGAGGUUAAAGUCCCGGUGGAAAUAAUCAAAGAGGUUCAGGUUCCUGUCGAAGUGAUUCGCGAAGUCCAAGUAGAGGCACCAGCUAUCACAAGAAACGUGGUAGAUUCGGCCGUCCAGCAUGAAGCCCAGGAGGAACGACUAGUUGAAACGAAAGCAGUCAACACUGAAGGAUUGCAGACAGCCGAUGUCGAAAUACAGACCAAACCAUUCCUUCUCUCCACGCCACCUGUUGAAUCUGAACGCACCAGAAAGAUGACUCUCACCCAGAGAGAUAUCUCUGCCCUCAGCUUCGGAAGCGCAGGGGAAACCACUGUCCGUACCGGUUCAGGGCGUCCUCUACUUGGUGUUGGGAGUAUCGGACACGAUGUUCAAGAAUCAGACGAUGAAUUUGACGACGGUGUAACCGAAACUGGCGGAGAAAUGGAGACCGACGGCGAAACCGAUACCGACGACUACCAGGAUGCUAGGCAGAGUAUUAUGGCUUCCACGCCCUCAGCAUCUACAGAUGACUUCCACUCCACGUUAACGGUCACUGAUAACGAAGGAUCCGCAGACGAGUGGGAUGAGGGCGAGACAGAUGGGGAGAGCAUCAAAACCUCAACUCUCAGCAAAGCAAGGUCAACUAUGUCCCAAUCGAGGUCUUCUUUCUAUGCUACGCCCUCGGGUUCCGCCCAUGCUGUUGGCCUCGUCGGUACCUCUAUAGGCAAGUUCCCAAUAACCUACGAAUCCAAAGGUGUCGAGGCUACAUCAAUCGAUGGACCUCCCAUUGCCACCCCAACCUCUCGAGGGAUGCCUCAACCUCCCCCUACUAUCGUCAAACCGGACGUCAGAGAGAUGUCGGUACAAACAGAGCUAGAAUUCUUUCCACUUCCAAAAGCUAUUUCUACUCCCCCCCAAUCAAUUUCAGGUUUACCUUCUGUCUCUCAAUCGCCAAUCAUGUAUUGCGUGGGUCCAGGACCUGGAACUCAGCAAUUCCAAUUUGUUACGCCUACCACGCCACCGUCCACCAAGUCAAAUGGCUUAGGCUCAGCGACUAUCAUUUCACCUGUUCCUUCUCCCUCCUCUAACCUGUUGAGGGAAUCUACAGGAGGUUUUGGAGGCCUUUCGACUCUCUUUCCUCGUCACUCUGUGGAUGAACAUCGGAGGAAACAGUCAGUUGAAUCUGCUGUAUCGUCUAUUCUCGAUGAUGCUACACCGACCGCACACACUAAUCGUUCCAGAGUAGCUUCCGCCAAUAACAACGGGAUACCCCCUCCAGUCGACAAAACUAGACCUCCAACGAUGAUCGUUCCACCGCCUCCUCGAGCACCUCCUCCACCCGGGAGCAUGCCUCCACCCAGCUUUAUACCAGAGCGGAGAAUACCCACUAGUUCCACCGCUUCACAUGAUCGCGAUGUGGCCCCACCGAGACCAUCCUCGCCUCCACCCCCAGAACUCAUACAACGUGCCACCACCCCGACAUUCGGUUCAGUUCUUUCUGUACCCGGUGGCAAUAGAUUCGGGUCUGUUAGGCAACAUGGAUCUUUACCUCCACAAGCCAUUCGUCAACUACCGUCGACAAGUAGUUUCAGGAGUGUGGCGAACCCCGUCAACAAAGAUUAUGGCUUUGCCACCCUGCAAGCUGGUAAAGAAGUGUCCACAACUUCACUUGCCAGUGGGGGAAGCGGUAUUGGGAGCGCCAGGUCGUCGUUAUCCUCUGACCAGCACCCGUAUCUCUCAAGGAACCCAAGUCACUCAACCCCAAACAAAGGUGGUGGAUUGGGUGGAAUGGCGAACACGAUGGGGAUCUCGAGAUCUCAAGUGGCGAACCCCACCGAUCCCGCCGUCAUCCACUCUAUCACGCAGACCAUGAUUGGGGAGUUCUUGUACAAAUACACUAGAAAGGCUAUUGGCAAAGGACACGGGACUGCGCGACACAAAAGAUUCUUUUGGGUACAUCCUUAUACAAAGACCUUAUACUGGAGUUCAGCAGAUCCCAACUCAACGAACGUAGCAGAAUCAAGUGCCAAGAGUGCAUAUAUCGAGGGAGUGCGAUCUGUGCUAGAUCCAAACCCUAUGCCCCCCGGUCUGUAUCAGUACAGUGUCAUUGUUUCUACACCUCAGAGAGAGAUGAAGUUCACUGCUCCGACAAAAGAACGCCACGACAUUUGGCUUAACUCUUUGAAAUAUCUUCUGGCAAGGCCCAACCCGACCCACGUAACAUCGCCCGGAAAUGUUCCCAACGCUCCCGAAAGUCCCAUAUCCGACCAAGGGUUUGACGAUGAUCAUAAUCUUGCCGUGAACUCAAGUCCCCAGAGCCAACGGAGUAGCCGGAGUGCUCGAAAAGACGUAUCAUGGAACACGACUCCUCGCGGGAAAAGAAGCAGAUCGCAAUUAUCUGUUGGAAGGGGGUCCAUAGGUAGACGGGCUGGAACACCCGCUGCGGAGUAUCUGCGAUGGAAUGGCCCCGAAAGUCCCCUCAGUCCUUCCAAGUCAUUUGUUGAUGUACCCGCCAACGAGUACGGUGACGGGAACUUGGACUUCGAGCUACACGGUGAUACAUUGUCCGAUGAGGGUUUUGAAGGACUAGAGAAUGUUCGAGCUUGUUGUGAUGGAAGGCACACUGUUGGCCAUUCUGGAAAACCCCCACAUCAUCAUCAUCAUCAUCACGAAGGGGCAGGUUCACAAAAUGGCGAUCAUAGUGGCCCUUUGAGGCCCGUGUCCCCAUCAGCAUGGUCUUUCCGUUCUAGUACCAACUCGCACGAUGGUGGCGGCAGUUUAUUUCCUUGGGGGAGAGGGGAAGACGGCAAGUUGAGAUUUGGGUCGAGGAGGUCGAACAAAUCGGUGUUCACUUGA